AUGAACCGAAAGUUUCCAGACAAAAGUUUUUUAUCUUUACUUUUAUUGUUUCUGAUCAACGGAAAUGUGCUUGCUGAUCAACGAAUACGUGAUUCAGAAAUUCCAAAAGGAUGUUCCCAAUUAAAAUGUAAAAAAGAAGAACAGUGCAUAUCUCGAAGAUUUUGGUGCAAAUCUCCACCUUGUCCACAGAUGUUGUAUUGUGCGAAAUCCCGAAAAGAAUCUUUGAAAGGACCGUCAACCUGCAGUUCAGUUCGGUGCAGCAUGGGUUACGUUUGUCUCGUCAAAGUUCGUAACUGUACCUGGGACGAAAAUUGUAAACAAAAAAUUGCGAGGUGUGUUUCGGAAAGAGAAUAUUACGAAGGACCAGCUUCAUGUGCAGAUUUCCAGUGUCCACAAGAACACAGAUGCAUUCUUAGAGAAUCUUUAUGUGCUCGUCCACCUUGUAAAGUACUCAAGAGUUGUGCCAGAAGUUCUGAUGCGGUUGCAUGGUUUACCAAAUGUAAAGAAUUAGGCUGUUUAUCAGAAUAUGAAUGCUUUUUACGAAGACCAAUAAAUAAUUGCACCAAUGCUCCAUGCAAACAUAGCCCUGACUGCACCUUACCCCCUGAAAAGGAUUCUAAUGAAAAUUGUCGAGGUUGGGUGUGUCCAAAUAAUCAGGUUUGUUUGGCUCAAGUGCUAGAGCCUUGUAAAUUGAACUUCUGUCAAGUCUCCCGAACUUGCAAAGAACCAUCGUAUGGCCAAAAUAUAGCAACUGAGCGAUUCAACACAGAAUUAAAGACCUUGAAUGAUCUUGAAAAGGAUUGGUUUUAUCAGCAAGCGGAAAAACGAAGGUUGCAAGCAAUUUUAUUGACAACAAUUUCGCCCAUCAUAAAUCAAAAAUCUAUGUUUCAAAAUGCCGGAUAUGACAUAUCGAGGCAGUUAUUUUUUAAACCCGGCGAGCUUGCAACUAGUGCCCAGGGACACAAUUUAGAAUUACUUAACAGUGCACGAAGGAUGCCACAUGUACCAAGUGUGCCAGUUUAUAAAUAUCCUACUUAUCUAGCAUCAACUGUACAACCAAGACAGAUUUUUACUCCAGACAAGACACAUGUUAAAUCAGUUACAACCACUUCAGUUCCUUCGUGGUUUGAAUCUCUAAAAUCGAGGACGGGAAUUGAUGUUAUAUCAUUCUGGGUAAAACAAGCUGAAGAAAAUCAACAUUAUGUCACAUUUCAACAAUGGCUUGAAUCCAUCCGAGAAACUUUAGAUCCAGAAAUGUAUCGACUCUGGCUCGAGGAAGUUCGACUGGCGACUUAUUAUAGUAAAAAAUUUCAGGAUUGGCUUCCACUCCCGGUUACGAAUCAAAAUCUCAACAUUCAACAAUUUUAUGAUUUUGAACCAAAAAUAAAUGAUAUGGAGAGGGAAGUUCCUUCUGCUUUUCCAAGAUCAGAGAUAGAUGAACAAUCUUAUGAGAUAGGAGAAUAUAAGGAAGAAAUUAGUAUUUUAACGACACCACGAAUAGUAAAUAAACUGGCAGGUGAUGUUACAAAAUACGUAGAAUCCGCCACUGCCAAUGUUUCCCAAAAUUUUGAGAUGGAAAAAAGCUCUGUGGUUCCUACCUUUAUUAUCAUCCAACCACCUCGAACUUAUCCAGAUAUUUUUGAUACACAACAAUUAUUACAACUAGUACAUUACUAUUUUAGUGUUCAUCAACCUCCAGAAUUUCGAGUGCCAGGACACCCGAUUAGAAGUUCUAUUGAUCAAGUUCCAAUUUAUCCUUAUUUGCUGCAAAACAAUUUUCCAAGUAGGCCAUCCGCCUUUACAGGGAUUCACUGGCAAAACUUUGUAAAUGCAUAUCCCCAACAUUUUCCUUUCAUGCCAGAAAUAAAUCGUUAUUUAAAUUCUUUCAAUUAUUUGAAUCAAUAUUUGAAACCCUUUUCUCGAUGGAACAAUGCAGAUUUUGGAUAUACACAUUUUGACCAGGAUUACCCUGCAAUUUGGAAUGAUCAACCAGACGGAAUUUAUAGUCGUAAAGGUGUUUUUGAUAUUCUGGAUUCUAAUCCUGAAUCUCGAAAGGUUAAUUGGAGGGAUUAUUUUGAAAAAAGUAAUUUUUAUAAGGGAGGUGAUAAGGAUCUAAGAUCAAAAAUCGAUCGUUUCGGAAAGCCAGUUAGAAAAUUGGAAACAAAUCCAGAAUUCUUGAAUGAAAAGGAGAAGGAGGAACAGGAAAUACAGUUUCUUCUCCAAAUUCUACAGGAAAUUAUUGAUUAUGAUUUCGAUGGAAAAGGACGAGGAAAAAAAGAAAAUGAAAAUAAAAAUGACAAUACAAAUGAAGUUUUAUUAGAGAGUCUAAUUCACAUGCUGGAGGAAGAAUUAGACGAAAGUCAAGAAAAUAUCGAAAAUCCAAAACUGGACAAUUUUGUGGAAAAAAUUAAAAAGGAGAGAGAGAAUGACUUAGAAAUUUCAGAGGAUCAACCCAAAAAAUUUUUUGACCAUUUUUCUGGUCCACUAUUAAGACGCAGUAAAAGUGACGACAUUUUCCGAUCUCCGAACAUUUCUCAAGAUUCGUCAUUUUCUUCUAAAACCUCAACUUUGGUGGAUAAUAUAAAUAGUUUCAUUGAGAAAUAUGCAGAGGUUCUAAGUCGGAAGGAUUACGAAAAAUCAAAUCAAAAUUUAAGUAACUUUUUUAAUCCAAAAGAGCAAAAUUCCAAUUUAAAUAUUUCCCUUCAAGAAGUACCAAAAAAAGAAGACAAUUCGCCUGAAAUAAUUUUUCCGAAAGCAGGUUAUUAUGAUUUUAUAAAAAAUGAGGAUUUGGCGAAAAGUGGUACCCACGAUAAAAAUCCAACAAUAUUUGACAAUGAGGAAAUUAAACAAACUGAUACGAAAGAUCGUGUAAAAAAUUUAUCUAAAAACGUUAAGAAGUCAAAUGAUGAAUCUGAAGAUGAAUGAAGGACUAAUGCCAACAAAUUUAAUUUAUUCUGAAAGGUCUGCCCCCUGUACCAGAGAAAAAACACGAGAAUCAGCAAAUGCCUACU